GAAGCGGCACGUGGCGGCCCCCAGCCACAGAGCGACGGUGGCGCGUGGACACCGCCACAGCCCUGCGGGGACCGACCGACCGACCGACCGACCGAACUACCUACGUACCACCCACGUACCACCCACCCACUCCCCCCCCCCCACCUGCCUUCCUCGCUGCCGCCUCGAGAGCCAUGAAGGCCGCCCGGAUCGCUCUGCGCAGCGCGGCCCCGCUGGCAGGGGUCAGCAGCAGCCGGCUGCCGCUGGAGGUGGAGACCUUCUCCCGCUUCUCCCCCUCGCCGCUCUCCAUCAAGCAGUUGCUGGAUUUCGGCUCAACUAAUGGAUGUGAGAGAACAUCUUUUACAUUUCUGCGACAAGAGCUCCCUGUGAGGUUUGCAAAUAUACUGAAAGAAAUUGAUCUUCUUCCUGAUAAAUUACUAAGCACUCCAUCAGUACAACUAGUAAAGAGCUGGUACAUCCAAAGCCUAAUGGAGCUGGUUGAAUUCCAUCAGAAAAACCCAGAUGACCAAAAAGUCUUACACGACUUUAUAGAUACAUUAAUUAGAGUCCGAAGCAGACAUCAUGAUGUGGUUCCUACAAUGGCACAAGGAGUAAUUGAGUACAAAGAUACUUUUAAAGUAGAUCCUGUCACCAAUCAAAAUAUCCAGUACUUUUUGGAUCGUUUUUACAUGAGCCGGAUUUCUACCCGGAUGCUAAUGAACCAACACACCCUUCUUUUCGAUGAUAACGCCAGCUCAGGGCACCCAAGGCACAUUGGAAGUAUUGAUCCAUGCUGUGAUGUUGUUGAAGUAGUGAAUGAUGCUUUUCAAAGUUCCAAGAUGCUGUGUGACCAAUAUUACUUAACAUCUCCAGAACUGAAGCUUACUCAAGUGAAUGGAAAAUUUCCGAGAGAGCCAAUUAACAUUGUAUAUGUUCCAUCUCAUCUCUUUCACAUGCUUUUUGAGCUCUUUAAGAAUUCAAUGAGGGCAACAGUUGAAUUUCAAGAAAACAGUCCUUCCCUUUCUCCAGUUGAAGUGACGGUUGUUCUUGGCCAUGAAGACCUUGCAAUUAAGAUCUCUGACAGAGGAGGUGGUGUUCCAGUAAGGAAAAUUGAGCAGCUGUUUAGCUACACGUAUUCUACAGCACCAAGGCCAAGGAUGGAUGAUGCUCGACAAACUCCUCUUGCUGGCUUUGGCUAUGGUUUGCCAAUUUCUCGUCUGUAUGCUAAAUACUUUCAAGGAGACCUAAAUCUCUACUCCAUAUCUGGUUACGGAACAGAUGCUGUUAUCUACUUGAAGGCACUAUCCACGGACUCAGUAGAAAAACUUCCAGUUUUUAACAAAUCUGCUUAUAAGCAUUAUCAAGCUACCUCAGAGGCAGAUGACUGGUGUGUCCCAAGUAAAGACCCAAAGAAUGUAUCAAGGCAGAGUGCAGCUCUCUGAAGGGAAGUUGGUAUCCAAGGCACUCAAGGGAAUCAAGCUGUCUUCUCAACAAGGACUGGUGUUUGGAAGUAUUCGUUUACUUUUGAACAGGCAAAUAUUUCAGUUUUGUGACUGACAGAACAGAAGGAAGAUCAGGCGUUUAUAACCUAGGCUGUAUGCACUGAAUAUGAAAUCUUGCUGUGGACUUCAGGAUGAGGAAAAUAUAAGUGCGUGGAGGGAUGUGUGCAUCUUUCCCUAUGUCUUUAAAAAAGAGACAGGACAGUAAAGAGAAAAUUCAGUCUAUUUUUUUUAGUCUUAUGAUCAAAGACUUGAUGCAGUAGAAGUGUGUAUUUUUUGAGUCCUGUCUCAUGUUUGAAUUCUGAAUACUGACAAAUGUCAGUUAGUGAUACAUAUUUUUCUCCUACACUAGUUGUCAGCACCUCAUCUUAUUACAGAACUCCUCAGGUAGAUAGGUGCACCUGUACUUUAAAACUGUAUUUAUAACAUUGGGAAAAGAUCCUCGUAACAUGGCAGGCUGGUAGCAAGAUACAAAGAGCAUACAAAUGUCUCCUGACUGAGAGGGAGGGAGACCUUGCCAAGAAGGGAGACAGUGUCUUCCCUAUAAAAGGAAAUCCCACUUAAAAAAUAAAACAAACAAAAAUCCCUGUAUUCCAGUAGUAGUUCUUAUGCGAUGCCUUGCUCUGAGUUAUAUUGUGUGAAUUUUCUUUUUAAGCUGUUCAUGAAAAAGUAGCAAGGUAAGGCUGCUGUGCAUAAGAUACUAAGGAGGAAAUCAGGAUACUGUAGGGAAGAAGUGGAAUGGCACUUGGUUGUAACAGCAAGUGGAACUGAAGUGUUUUGUGUAAAAAUGGUAUGGGAAACUGUUUAAAAAAUGGUCUUGUAAUUCUUUUUUGUUGUGCUGUUAGAGGAUUAGUGGCUCAGUAAACUAAACCAAAAUCCAAAAACUGGGACAUGUGGCUCAGGUUUUGCUUCUAUGUAAAAUCCAAGAACCUAUCCACAGCUUUGUCAGAUUUGUAUUGGACCAUACUUUAGCUCAAAGGUGUACAUGGGGAUUCUAAAACUUGAAAGCUGUAAUGAGCACUAAACCUCUGUUUGAGUUUUCAGGAAGAGUGGUGGUGAAAUAGAACUUUAUUGUAAGAACUAUUCCUUGCAAUGGAAAGGGUUUAGGAAAUGAGAAGAUUUUCAUUACUGUUCAUAUUUUAAACUGUAAAAUAACUUUUAUGAACAGCAAAAUAAGGGGGAAUGGCCACAGGAACAGUGUCAGUAGGAAAGAGCUGUUGGGAAAAUACUCCAUUCUCCGUGAGCUUCUUCCUUUCCCAUCUUUUGUGGAUUUUCUCCCUCAUAAGUGAGGUAAACUUAACAACAGAGUAGAAGUUAAGUACUAUUUGGAAUUGCCAAGCUGGCCAGUCAAAGUUCAUCAGAGCUAUAUAUUAUUACUUGAAAACUUUUUGACUUAUUAGCAUCGUUAUCUUAAGUGUGUAUGAUCCUUGGCAAAAGGUUGCAAAUGCAGUAUUUAAAGCAUCCUGCCCAGUUGUACGAUAGCUUUCUAAAGCAGAGUUGUAUGUGUUGGGUAGAAAGCCACUCCAUACUCUACUGUGAAUAUCAAAUAUAUUUCUUAAUAGCAAUAAGAGAAAGCUAGAAUUACCUUUGCGUUCUAGCAGUCUUGUUGAGGUAGAUUUUUUUCAGUCAAAAACCCCCUAAAAUAGCAUUCUGAUAUGCUUCACUUGUUUUAGAAACUAAGUUUAGAAGCAUUUUUGAUAAUUACUGAGCAUAAUGACUUAAGUACUGCAUGGAGGCCCAUUUAUCCCAGUGAAUUACUUGCAGUUACCAAAAGUCACCAGAUUAUUUAUCUUUGAACUCAGCUCAGUGAAUGAAAUGGAUAAUAAAAAUGAAAUAUCUCUGUCUAGAAAAUAGAGGUGUGAAAAAAUUGCCUUCACUGCUAUAAUAUACUUGAAUACUUUGUUGAUUUUGUAUUGAAUACAAGGUCACAAAAACAUACCUAGGUAGUCAUUGUUGUUAAGUAAACACAAAUUAUACCUCUUUCCUUGUGCCCAAUCAUGCUUGAACAUGAGUUGUGAUCUCAUGACAUACUGUGUAUCCGUAAUAUAGCUGCAGCUACUCCAUGUGGGAGCUGUAACUUGUAUUUCAAAGCAGUUGAAGCACACAGGUGUUGUAAACAAAUGUCUGUAAUAGUGCUUGCAGAUAGAAGCUUUCUGGAUAAGUGUAAUUUUGUGAAGUUUUGUGUUCAGAACACUUUCACAAUGCAAACAUUGGGAUGUGCAUAGCACUUAAACCUAUGUGAAAUGUCUUUUAAUAUUAAAAAGUUACUUAAGGGCUAUCUACCUAGAUAACACAGUGCCUUUUUUAGGAGUUACUGUUUUUUUUAUUCCUGAAAAUCUCUAGUUUUAAGCCUUUUACUGGUAUGUAGGUGUUUAAAUAAUUUUAUAAUAAAAAUCUUCUAAAUGGUUGAA